GGCGCUGCUGUCUGGGGCUGUCAGACAGAACAGCUUCUAGGAUGUCGCCGCUCAAAGAGUGGAGUGAUUUCUUUCCUGGCUUGAAAGGCUUUGCCUUUCCCAAUAAUUUCCGCGAGUUUGAAGAGAGAUUGAUCAGCAACCUGCUUUAUUAUCAGACUAAUUAUCUGGUUCUAAGUACUGCUGUUUUCAUCUUAGCCGGGUUAAAGGAUCCUAUGGGGUUUAUUACUGGCCUGGCCGUGCUGUUCGCCGUUUAUCUGGUUUUAGUUUGGGCUGGAGAGAUACAACCCUUGCUUAGCCUAAAGAGAUGGAGGCCAUUAGCUUUUUUGAUCACAGUCAUUGUUGUCAAUUAUGUGGUGAUUUAUUCAUUUGCCAGAAUCAGAAAACUUGCACCCCCAACCAGUUUUAUACUGACUGUGAUUACUCCACAUGUCUCCUUUCGCAACCGUGGCAUCAGCGAAGUGGCAUACAUGAAAGAAGCUACAGGACUGGGCGGAUCAGCUAUGGGCAUUCUACUCAUGACUCGCAACAAAAAAAAAUAGGAAAAGCUAAAGGAGAAAGGAUGAUUGAAAAGGCACUUUGUGAAAACAGAUGAAUUAUUUUCCCAUCUUAUGGAAUUAAAUGUUUCUUUGUCUUUUAAACCUUUUUAUCAUUAUUAUUUUUAAGCUCUAGUGUCCUUGAUGUUUU